AUGCCUUCCUUGUUCAUUUAUGUCAAAGAUAUCCAUCCUCAACACAAGCUAAGAGGCAUUAGAGUACGCUGUGUCAGGAUAUAUGAUGUGCCUGAAAAGAGGGGAGGUGUUAACAUAAAGAGUAUGGAAUGUUUGUUCCAUGAUGAUCAGGGUCAUUAUAUACAUGCCAAUAUUCAGGCGAAAGAUGUUGUCAAAUACAAAGAAGUUCUCGAAGAAGGGCAACUUUAUGAGAUAAAGAACUUCUAUGCUAUUACAAAUUAUUACCUCUACAAGGUCACACAACACAAAUAUAUGUUGAAGUUCAAUUAUAAAACUGAGGUCAAACACAUCAAUUCUAUAGGCUUUCCCCUUUUUAUGUUUCGGUUAAGAAGUUUUGAGUCAUUGAAAGAUCCCAACGAAGUCAAUGACAAGGAGCUUAUUGGUCGUGUGGUGGAGAUAUAUAGUCCUGUUGACAAGGUUGUGGGUGGGAAAGCCACCAAAUUUAUUGACUUCCAAAUCUGUGAUAAUGAGGCAAAGUUGGUUAGUGGUGGGGUCAGAAUAACAUCAUCAUAUGAUGUAACUAAGCUAUGGUUUAAUUCUGACUUUGAUGAGUUCAAGGAUUUCAGAUCUCAGUUAAAAGUUCAAGAGACCCCUAUUGAAAGUCUGAGCACUAUGACUCUAAACUCCCAGUCCACAGGGAUUGAUAGUUUCCAAAAGGGUGAAAGGAUUGUGUCUACAAUCUUUGAUCUAUAUAAGCUACAGGAUGGGGAUUACUAUGUGCCUGCUGAAAUUGUUGCUAUAGAGGCUUUAAGAGGGGAUUGGUACUACAUGGCCUGCAUGACACCUGGCUGUAACAAGAAGCUUAGGAAAAUUAAUGGGGUUCUAAGAUGUGAAAAGUGUGAAAAACCCUUUGAGGAAGGUACAACUCGAUAUAAAGUUUUGGUGAGAGCCUUAGACAAAACUACAGAUGCCCCUUUCCUGCUAUGGGAUUGGGAGGUUUCAGAAUUAGUUGGCAUUCCUGCUACUCUGUUAUAUGACAAGUACAAAGAGUUGGAAGUACUUAUUGGUUUGAAAAUGGUUUUUAAACUUGGGAUUAAAAGGUCUCAAAUGAAAGGGAGUAAUCCAGCUUUCAAUGUAAUGAGAGUCCUAAGGGAUGAGGAGUUAUUAUCUGCUUACUGUGCCAGAUUGUUUGAAGAUCAGGACAAAGAUCUCAUGUCACAGCAGAUAGAAGAGGAAGAGAACACUUCUGAAUAUUCUGAUGAAGCAUCUAAAGAGGAAGAAGUAAAUAGUCAUACAACUACACAGGCAAAACAAUCCCAAGUGAAUGCUAAACCUGACUCACCUACUACCAAAAGGUCACUGCUGGACCAGUUUUCAUCAUCAAAAAGGGAGCAAAAGGUCAAAGAGGGCAGUCAUUAA